AUGGGAACUGGUGCGUCAAAGAAUCCGGACAGUAGCUCCCAUGGCAGCGAGGAGAGAGAAGACCAAGCAGGUGGACAGCUCUACAUCUCUCUCAAAAUGGAGAACAAUUACAAGCUCAAAGGCGAACUCGCCCCUCACGUUUACGGCUCCGUCCCUCUCGUCGGCUCUUGGGACCCUUCCAAAGCUUUAUCAAUGGAACGCGAAUCAGCUUCAAUGUGGGAAUUGAGUUUCGUCGUCCCUCCUAAUCACGAAACAUUGGACUUCAAGUUCCUUUUGAAGCCUAAGUAUGGUAAUGUGCCGUGUAUUGUUGAGGAGGGUCCGAAUAGGCUUCUUUCUGGGGGGACUUUACAAGGGGAUGCAAGGUCGGCUUUCUUUAGGUUGAGUGGGGAUGAAGUUCUUGAGUAUAAGGUGUUUAUUAAAGCCGAUCGAGUUUCCCCAUUUGAUCUUGCUGCUAGUUGGAGGGCUUAUCGGGAUAAUUUCCAACCUUCGACUGUUCGUGGUAUUCCUGAUGUUAGUAUGAAUUCAAUGCCAGAGAUGGGUGCUGAGAAUGGAUCUGCCGCAAGUUUGGAGCUUGAUAUUGAGCAUUAUGUUGUCCCAGCUCCAACAACUGCUGUAAACUCAGGUCUAGUAUAUGCAGCUAACUUGACAGAGACUCCAAGGUCACUGAACCGUGCUGGGGUGUUUUCCAACAUUGAUGGCUCAGGCAGUGCAUUACAUUCCAGCAAGGAUGGUGGUGCAUGCAUUGAUCGAACUGCAACAAUAAAGGAGAUGUCAGUCAUUGUACCAGAUCCAUGUAAAGUGUAUUCAGGUUCUGGGAUAGUUGAGUCAAAGUCAGUGGGAACAUUUUCACCUUUGCCAAAGCAAGAUGGUCACAGAGGACUGUUUGUUGAUAGAGGUGUGGGAUCUCCUCGGCUAGUUAAAUCAGCUAGUGCAUCUACUUUCCCUAUUGAUCUCAAGCCUGAUUCAGAAGUCAAGAAUCCAAUGCCAGCUGCUGCUGGAGCUGUUGCUGCGGCAGCUGUAGCUGAUCAAAUGCUUGGACCAAAGGAGGAUAGGCAUCUGGCGAUUGUCCUGGUUGGCUUGCCAGCUCGUGGCAAGACUUUUACUGCGGCUAAACUGACAAGGUAUCUUCGUUGGUUGGGUCAUGACACCAAACACUUCAAUGUUGGGAAGUAUCGACGACUCAAGCAUGGAGCUAAUCAGUCUGCUGAUUUUUUUCGAGGUGACAAUCCUGAAGGCAUGGAGGCACGCAAUGAGGUAGCAGCCCUGGCUAUGGAUGACAUGAUAGCUUGGAUGCAAGAAGGUGGCCAGGUAGGAAUAUUUGAUGCCACAAACAGUACCAAGCAGCGAAGGAAUAUGCUUAUGAAAAUGGCUGAAGGAAAAUGCAAGAUUAUUUUUUUGGAAACAUUAUGCAAUGAUCCGCAAAUCAUCGAGCGAAAUAUACGCCUCAAAAUUCAACAAAGUCCUGACUACGCAGAAGAGCCAGAUUUUGAAGCUGGGUAUCAAGACUUCAAAAAUCGACUUGACAAUUAUGAAAAAAUUUAUGAGCCUGUAAAAGAAGGAUCUUAUGUCAAAAUGAUAGAUAUGGUCAGUGGCCAUGGUGGACAAAUACAGGUUUCACUGAUUUCUACUAUAUUGUAUAUUUCUAAUUUUCUGUCGAAUUUCUAUUAAUUGCCUUCUACUUCAUACAUUAGCUGGGUUGAAGGUUGUCUUGUGAUGCAUGAUGGUUACUGGUAUGUCUCUUUGGAAGGAGGAUUGUUGUCAUAUCAUGAAUUGGACAGGAGUCCAGUAAAGCUAGAGCUAAUUAUGCUGGACUCCUUGUACUCUGUCUUAAAAUCCUCAUGGUUAAUAAUAUCAGCGGUUAUCUUCCUGGGCGGAUUGUAUUCUUUUUGGUAUGCUUUUUAUAAACAUUUUUUGGUAUGCUGUCCUAUGUCAUAUUCUAUGAUAUUUCCUCUUGUUGGAGAUUAGGUUGUCCUAUGCAAGAUCACCUUCGAGACAGUGUGCUCUACUUAAUUAUAGAUCUAUUUAAGCUACGUGGUUUGAAAAAAUAAGCAUUCAUAACAAAAGUUUGUUGAACUAAUGGGAACAUGUUUUUUGAUAAUCAUGGAUAGAGAUGAAUUAUUUAACUCAUGGAAAAGAAUUUCUGUAAAUGAUGAAAGAGAACUUUUCAUGAUAAAUAUUAUUGUUACAUUUACUUUCCUUUUUGGUCAAAUUCCUGCAUGUUUCAUAAGAAAUGACUUUAAUGAAUUAAGAGGCCUCUUUAACGGUGUUAAGUUGAGAGAAAUAACACAAUAGCAGAGACAAUAUUAGAGAGA